GUGGUCUCACUCAGGACCGAAAGGGUAGAUCCCCGCCCCCUGGUAAAGCAGCGAAGACAGAUGGGGAGCCACCUGUCAGAGGACUGUGGGCGGGAGCCGGGACCGAGAGGGCCGCGGGACCAGAGGGUGAGCGCCGCUGAGCGCACGCUCAGAGCAGACAGUUCGCAGGAGGCAAGAGAUGAUGGUCCAAAACCCUGGGAGCUGACGGCCAGAGCGGGAGGAAAGGUAGUCACGGAGGGGAGGCAGAGCUACAGGAGGUGGGGGAUCCUGGAGGUGACAGCAAGGAGAGUACGCAACCGCGAGGGGCAGCUCCAGCGAGGACGCCGGGCGGUCGGGCGAGAGAAGGCAGGGCAGCGCCGCGGCGCUGCGGGCGGGCUCCGCCAGGGCGGGGGGUGCCAUGUCUCGAGAGCGGCCCCCCCGCACCGACAUCCCGCGCAACCUGAGCUUCAUAGCCGCGCUGACGGAGCGUGCCUACUACCGCAGCCAGCGGCCCAGCCUCGAGGAGGAGCCGGAGGUGGAGCCAGGCGAGGGCGGGACGCGCCUCGGGGCCCGGUCCCGAGCUCACGCUCCGAGUCGGGGUCGCCGGGCCCUCUCUGCGCCAGCCGGAGGCGGCGGAGUUCGGGUGCCUCGCAGCCGCAGCCCCGACACCCGCAAGAGAGUGCGUUUCGCCGACGCGCUUGGGCUGGAGCUGGCCGCGGUGCGCCGCUUCCGCCCCGGAGAGUUGCCCCGGGUGCCCCGCCACGUGCAAGUUCAGCUGCAGAGAGACGCCCUCCGCCACUUCGCGCCGUGCCAGCCUCGCGCCCGCGGCCUCCAGGAGGCGCGCGCCGCCCUAGAGCCGGCCAGCGAGCCCGGCUUCGCCGCCCGCUUGCAGGCGCAGCGCAUCUGCCUGGAACGCGCCGAGGCGGGACCGCUGGGCGUGGCCGGGAGCGCGCGUGUGCUGGACCUUGCCUACGAGAAGCGCGUGAGUGUGCGCUGGAGCGCUGACGGCUGGCGGAGCCAACGCGAGGCCCCCGCCUCCUACGCCGGUCCGGCCCCGCCCCCGCCGCGCGCGGAUCGCUUCGCCUUCCGCCUUCCGGCGCCACCCAUUGGGGGCGCCCUGCUUUUCGCCUUGCGCUACCGCGUGACCGGCCACGAGUUCUGGGACAACAACGGCGGCCGUGACUAUGCUCUACGGGGGCCCGAGCACCCCGGGAGUGGCGGAGCCCCGGAGCCUCAGGGCUGGAUCCACUUUAUCUGAGACUCCUGCGGCCGACGGCGCAAAAAGCAAAGGAACCCAGGGGCCGGGGGAGCCCGAAGAUUUGGCUGGGAAGAACGAAAGAAACCGAAAUUGGCUGGGAGCUGUCCGAGAGAGUCAAGUGGGGGAGGGCGAGGAGGACGGGAGAAUUCAAAGGGGUGUGGGAGUGGGCGGAAUCGAGGAAGGUUGGGAGGUGGUGUAAAACAUUAGUUGGAUGUGAGUGAUAGCAACCCAACGCAUAUAGGAAAGAAAACCAGAAAAGGCUCUGGGGGGAUUAGGAAAAAAAAAGCCAAGAUGGGGGUUGAUGAUGAUGUCCUAUUCCGUGAGCUGGCACUGGGAGAAAGUAAGUGGGUUCGUCAGGCCUAGGAAGCUGAAGGUUAAGGUUAUCUCUUUGGGAUUGAGGAAGUAUUAUGUUUGAAAUAUGAGCCCACCCUACUGAAGUCAUUUGGAGUGCCAGCUUAUUCCCUCUCUUACCCGCCUUUGCCACCUCAGGUCCCUAGCCCUGCUCAUCCUAAGCUUUAACUCAGCCAUAAUUGCCUUGCUUAAGUCCCAGGAUAAGUCCCCUGUUAUUCCCGAAGAUCCCAGGCUUCAUUCUCCCCUGACUGGCUGGGGAGUGAUGGCAGACCCCCGCCGCCCCCAGGCAGUCCUGGGGAUUAAAAUGAAGGCAAAACCAACUCCAGGCCUGUCCUUGUAGCCAAAUAAUGUCGUGCCUGAGGAGUUGGUACACUCAGGGGCUUCCAGAAAAAUGCCAGCCUUACCUUUCUGGGGUGCCUUUUAAUGACCCCUAAGCACUUUAUGGAAUGCAUUUGUCAAGGAACAAUGAGUCACAAGAAUCACUCUAAUUCUGCCUCAGAAGGAAAGAGUCACUGACUAGCUGUAUUACUUUGGGCAAUGUUACUUCACCUCUCUGGGCCCCAGUCUCCAACUUGGGAAAUUAGAUUUUGAUUAAGUGAUCUCAUACAGCCGAUUCUUGCUCUGACAUUUUAUGAUCUACUGAGUGGCAGAGUGUGGAUGAGAAGCCACAUUCUCCAACCUACAGUUGGAGUACCACAGGUCAGAACACAAAGCAUCCCAGCAUUGGAUUGAGGCCAAGGAUGUGUCCUCCAGUUUUUGACACAGAUACUCCAGAGGCCAAUAAGCAUCCCAUAACCAGCUUGCAGCCUUAUGGUAUUCCAACACCUUUUUCAAACUGCAGCUCAUCCUCUGCCCCUUGCCUUUUGCUCUUGCCCCCACAGACUCCCAGUCUAGGUGCUCUGAGACAGCUUUGAGUAGGUGCAUCUCUGUUGGGGAAAAUGAUGUUUGGGAGCCCCAGAGAUGAAAGGAAACAAUGUUGAGGCUCUCUUGAGGAUAAAGAAUUAUGGAUAUAAGAAAUGGAGAACAUUUCAAAUAAAAAAACAAAGCUACUGAAUAAUUAAGUGGCACCAGAAGAUGGCAGUGUGUUCUAUACCCUGAGCAAGUGAAAUGGGAAAGCAGGACUCUUCUACCCAUUCACAGUCAUGCCUUAGGUCUCCCCUCCUGGUUAACCUCUACUGGUAGUUUUUCCUUUCCUGUUACCCUAUUCCUAAGCUCUUUGCCUUUUUGUUUGUUUCUCUCUCUCAUCACUUUCACUCUUUUAGCAUAUAGGGUAUUUACCUUCGUUUUCUCUUUUCCAUUUGUCUCCCUCUUCAUUCUUGUUGAUCUCUGCUGUUCCUUCUCCCUCCAGAAGGGGUGGAGAACCCACUUCCUUUUCUCCAAGACCAUGGUUGAUCCACCUUCCUCCCUCAGGCUCCUUCUUGACAGUCUUCUAGAAAGGAGAAGAGGGAAAAGAAGCAGUUCCUGAUGCACAUGAACAACUGCUCCCAGGUAACCAGCUCCCUGCACCCUUUUCUAUCUGUUAACUAAUUUCUCAAAAAUUUCUGAAUCCCCCUCCUCCUUAUUACUAAGAGAGUGCAUGCACAAAAGCCCAUACAUGCAUUUAGAACACAGUAUGGGGGCUAGUUACCCUGCCCCUCCUGUCCAAAGCCUUAGUCCUUUGAAGGAAGAUGGGUGAAAGAGAGGAACUCCAAGUCACUUCUCAAAGAAAUGCUGGCUUAAACAUCAUCCUUAUCUAAUGAAGAAAACAAAGGAUUUCAUGCAUCUUGUGGAACACCUUCAGGUCAAAGUACCAGCAGAGUGAAGAAAGAAACUGCUAGAAGCCACAAAGCAAUGUGCUUUUUAGUCAUCAAUGAAGAGCCCAAGGGAGGUUGAUGGAGAGGGAGACUGGGUUGAGGCUCAGUGUAUAAUAAUCUCUUGCCUAAUGUGUAUGCAUUAUUAUUAUGUUGUAUUAACAAUCAUAAUAGCUCACAUUUACUUAUCUGCUAAAAUCUGGUGUCUUGCAUGCAAUACAACCCUCAAAACAACCCUAUCAGUUGAGUAAUAUCCCUAUUUUAGAGCUUAGGAAACAGCUCACAAAAGCUCAGUAAUUUGUUCAAGAUCACAUAGCUAGUAAAUGGCAUAGCUGGGAUUGUGAACUCAAGAUAUCUCCAGAGGUUCUGUGCAUAACCAUUUGAUUAUAGUUCUUCCUUUAAAAACAAAACUGACAACUUUGCCAUAUAUAGUCUCUUAUUAGGAAAAGACCACAGUUUCUAACUGCUCUGCCUUCCUAUCCUCCCAGUCUCCUGAACUGGCAUAGAGAAGGCAAAGCACUGAGGGGUCCCAAUUCCAUCCAGGAGCUUGCUGCUGUCUCCUGUACCAGUGUCCCAGCUCUGCAGAAUCAGCAAGGGACCAUCCUGCCUGCCUGCUAGAGAACUUGGGAGCCCACCUGAACUCAAGCUUUUCCAUACAUUGGGAUUCUCUCCUGGCCCUAACCAACUCUCUACACGUGUUGGUGUGUUAUGCCCCUUUCCACUCCCCCAAAUAGUUUUGAACUGACCAAUCCCUAAAGUUUCCACUAGAAAGUAUCCCUGACUAGGACAAUUGCUGAAUGGUCUGUGCCUGGACCCUCUCUACAAGCCCUGGUAUUACUGAGUAGAUAAACGUAAACUGGUUGGAGAUGGAAUGAAGAAUAAUCCAUUUUUCCCUGAGCUUUCUCAGUAAGAAGUACCAUGGCUCACCCAUCCCCCAUUCUCAGCUUUAUGGAGCCAACACAUGAAUCUUCUAGUUUUCCCAUAUAGAGCUGCCCCAGGGCCUGGGAGUAAACUGACAGUCUAAUCUGAUAUGGGAAACACUAGGAGUUUGAUGAAAUCUUUAGGAAGGUAUGUGUUAGGCAUUGGGAUAGGGACUUUCCCCUAAAGGCUGAUGACUAUAUGAACAGGAGCAAUUUGGUGUAUAUAACAUGUCAGCCAUAGACGAGGAAGUGUUAUAUAAGAAAAAACCUUACGCUGGUCAGGGGCUUGGGUCCUUGAAGCAACACAGCUGGACCACUUUGCCUGUUUCUCCUAUCCAGACCUUAGAUAUCUUCCUACACUUAGCUGUCUGAUAGCCUUCCUUGUUCUUUUGUUUCUCUUUAUGAAUGUAGCGCAUCAUUUAUUGCCACAAUAAGCCAUAACUUCUGAACUCUCCAAUCUAACUCCCACAUUUUCUUGCUUCUAACACCUGUGUUUCUCUGGAGCUUCACUGGAUCCUUGCAAUCCAAAGAUCAUAGAAUCAGAGACCAGGAAAAACUUGUCUUUGGAGAUUACUGGGUCCAUGCUCCACUACAGAUGAGGACACAGGUCCAGAGAUGAGAAGUGAUUUCAGCAGGGUCAGAGAAUUUGUUAGUGCAGCUCAAGAUGGGGCUUACCCUCAACCUUUCUGCACACAUGCCAUUCCUGGGCUAUAAAACAGGCCUCUACAUAGUCAGAUCUGCGAUUUUUCAUGGCAAGGGAUAAUAUCAGAAAUGUUUCAUUUUCUCCUGCUACUUUCCAUUCCCUUCCCCAUCCAGGCAUGAAAAGAAACAAAAGGCACUUGUAGUUUUCUUUGUUUUCCCAGUCUUGGCACUUCUUUGGGUGAUAUUGCUGAGGAACAGUGAAGUUGCUAAAAACAUGGUAUAAUCCACCCAUUGACUAACCUGGAGAGGAAAUUAAAGUUUGCUUUGUGAAUUCCCCCAAACCACUGUUCUCAUCAGGCCCUCCCAGAGCAUCCUCAUACCGUUCACAGUGUAGCCAUGUUCACUAGGCCCCAAACCCACUAGUUCUGUGCCUCACUUCAGCUUCCACAUGCAACUACCCUUCCUUCUGGAUAAAAGACCUCAUAUGUGAAAUAAAGUCAAAAUAUGAAAGUA